AUGAUGGCGCGAGUCACGGACAACGGAGCUGUCUCAGAGGCAUUCACAGUGACCAACGGAGUGAAGCAGGGCUGUGUGCUGGCGCCUACCCUCUUCAGUCUCAUGUUCUCUGCCAUGCUGAUGGACGCCUACCGCGACGAACGCCCUGGAAUCCGCAUCGCCUAUAGAACGGACGGUCAUCUCCUGAAUCGCCGGCGCAUGAACUUCCAAUCGCGUGUAUCCACAGCCACCGUGCAUGAACUCCUCUUGGCCGACGACUGCGCCCUGAACACCACCUCAGAAUUGGAGAUGCAACGGAGCAUGGACCUAUUCUCCGCCGCCUGCGAGAACUUUGGGCUGGUUAUCAACACGCAGAAGACGGUGGUGAUGCAUCAGCCGCCUCCCAGCUCAGCCACAGCCCCCAACGCGCCGCAAAUCAACGUGAAUGGGACUCAACUGCAAGUGGUAGAGAACUUCCCGUACCUGGGAAGUACCCUAUCUCGCAACACCAAGAUCGAUGACGAAGUCGCCAACCGAAUCUCCAAAGCCAGUCAAGCCUUCGGACGCCUCCAAAGCACAGUUUGGAAUCGCCACGGUCUCCAACUGAGCGCAAAGCUGAAGAUGUACAAGGCCGUCAUCCUGCCGACAUUACUGUACGGAGCAGAGACAUGGACGGUGUACACGAGACAGGCAUGUCGACUGAACCACUUCCACCUCAGUUGUCUCCGUCGCAUCCUGAGGCUGAACUGGCAGGAUCGAAUCCCCGACACGGAAGUACUGGAACGAACGGGACUCCUCAGCAUCUACUCCAUGUUGAGACAAAUGCAGCUGCGCUGGAGCGGCCAUCUGGUGCGCAUGGACGACUAGCGACUACCCAAAAGACUCUUCUACGGAGACGUCGCGACGGGUUCUCGUCGUCAAGGCGGCCGAAUUCGCCGUUACAAAGAUACUCCGAAGUCCUCCCUGAAGCGCCUGCACAUCAACCCGACCAACUGGGAAGAGCUCGCCCGCGAUCGUCCGACAUGGAGGAGAACAGUGAAGACGGGCGCUGCUAUCUACGAAGCCAACCGCAUCGCCGCCGCCAAAGUGAAACGCGAAGUCCGCAAAUCACAACUUCGCCCAAUACGCAACGCCGCCGCACAACCUCUCCCUACGUGUCCUCGAUGUCAACGGACAUUCCGGGCACGAAUCGGACUUGUUGGACAUCUUCGAACCAACUGCACCUCUCGAACUGCUCCAGCCAUCGUCCCCGCGCCCGCCUCUUCCUCGUCCUCUCUUCCGCCAACUAACUCUGACACUCCUUCUGCACCACCACUUCCAUCCUCCUCCUUCUCCUCCACUGCCCCAGCGGUGGCCGUUCAGGCUGCCGUCUCACACAUCGCCAACCACGACACAGCAACCGCAACCACCCCCACCUGCCCUCACUGCGACCGCACCUUCACUUCACACAACGGCCUGGUCGGUCACUUGCGAAUCCAUCGCACAGAGACUGGCGAACCAGUGCCUGGAGCACUAACCUACACCCACCGCACUCGCCUCCACUGCCCACACUGCCCUCGCACCUUCACGCAUCGCAUGGGUCUAUUCGGCCACAUGCGCAUCCACAACGACCUGCGGUAG